AUGCCUUUUUCAUCGCCAGAGACAGUUCUCACAGACGAACAACUUGCUGACUUUACCGAACUGGCGACAAGAUUAGAGCGCAUUUUCACCGGGGAGGCAAAUGAUAAGGAAUUCCUUGUCCCUAGUUACUUGAUCGACGCUUUUCUACGCAUCAAAACGCCUAUUCGCGUACAGCAUCUUCAGAAGGUCAUUGACGUUUUACACAGAUACGAAGCAGAUAUAGUGCAAUCGUUGAACACGACCUCUGUGCGUUGUCUAGCAUAUUUACUUCUCAAUUUGGAUGUUGAGUCCGAGCAGGAAACCGGGCUGAAUCUCUUGCUUGACGAAUCAAACUAUGUCGCCGAGACAAAACGGAAAAGAUCCGAGGUGACACUUCUUCGUUUUCGGAAUCAGCUGCAGCUCGUUCAACGCAAGCUGAUUCAGACGCUAUAUGGCUUAUUCAUAGACAAAAGGCGAGACAAGCACAUUCGACGACUGGCGGGCAAAUUCCUCGUGGAAAUAUGGCCUUGGACUAAGGAUGUUAGGAAUCUGCCCUUUGAAUUCCAGGAUGAGGAUAUAACUCAACUUAUCCCGAUUAUAUUAUAUGAAAAUGAUUCCGUGACAAGGUUCUUCGCGGGCGCUUUUAUGCAGAAACUACACCUUUCACAGAAAGACAUUAAGCGACUUGGUCAUGCGCACGACUUUAAACUGCCGGAUAUGCUUUCCAGGAGCAUGGUCGCUUUCCCAGAGGAACCGAUCAAGUUCUUUCACGAUUACGAGUGCGAAGCGCAGCGUAUACAGUGGGAACCUGAGAAAUGCACUAUUCUUGUGCCAUCCUGCGACUUUGUCCUAUCGAGAAAUUGCGAGAACAGGACAUUAUCACAGGGGUCCGAGCUACUCGGCGUAGUAAGCUCGGAGUCUUUGAUAUUCAUACUCGCUGUGACUCGCCCAUCCGGAAAGCUCUACCAAUUCGUCACUAUCUCGAUGCGCUCUACUCUAGAGGCUAUGCGCACAUCCAGGCAAUACACAGAUGGCGGGAUGUCCCGCUUGAUUUUACAAUUUGAUGUGGAUGCUUCGCUAUCAGUGAAUGGAAAGAGACAAAUCUCGGGAGAAUCAACACUCAGUAUAUCAUCACAUCAUGAUUUGACGGAUCUGCAUACAACAAUUGAGACAAAUUGCAAGCAGAUGAAAAGGCAAAGCACAGAAUUGAGCACGCUGACCCGGAUAUCAUCAUCCAUCAUAAUAUCGCUCGAUACUUAUGAUGAUGCCAGCGGGUCAUUUGACCAUAGCCAGACAGUGUUCGAAAAUGCAGAGCAGCGCCCCGUCUAUUGCUUUGAAUCGGAUGGAAAUCAGCCUGAAAAUAAGCCCUGUGAAUCACAAGCGACGUCCGGCAGCCAUGACCGUGGCCUCUUGUCUCAACAAUCCGAAUCAGCGCGCCGCAGUUCUGUCAUGGGAGAUAGCCUCCAGACUUUGCAUCCCAUUAGUUCCAACCAUAGUUCGAAGCAACAUGGUUGUAAGAGGUCACCUGUGGCAUUUAAACAGAAGUCACCAGAACGGAGUAUGGUAGAAGAGGGUGGAAAUCCGCUAACCCUGAAGGAGUAUUGUGACAAUCCAGCCGGGAAGCUGCACAAAGGGCUCUCUACCUGCGCCCUCGCAGAGAUCGAUACUGGCACAUGGAAGAAGAGCCCGCCACAUGGCCACACUAGCCAUUCUAGGGUGCCUGGAGAAAAUGAUGCUGGUUGGCUACCCGCGCAAGGUAGACUGCACUCCAGAAGGCACCAGCAGAAGAUAGGAUUAACAAGUAGUAAAAAGGCUAGAGGCCUAAUGCCUGACACCCAGGAAUCCCUGAUCUUUCCGAUGCGGCACUCUACAAGGAAGAUCUAUACUCAUGCAAGAACUUCUGUUGACUGGGAAGAAGACCUACGACCAAGCGACGAGCGUGAACAGCUCGAAAGUCAGAAAACUAUUGAUGUCACUUCAAUUCCGUCUCCUCCGCCCGGAGAGAAAUCUAUUUUUCAUCAGGCGUCCAGAAAAGGGACCAAAAGAGAAACGAAGGGCAAGACAUCGUCCACAAAGCGCAGAAAGAUGUCCAGAAAGGUGGGUCUGGACAACAAAGAGGGCCAGCAUGAGAUUGAAGAAAGUAAUUUGGCCCAGCAAUCAAAUCCGGAAGGUACAGUUGGUGUAACCAACAUGUCUGAGAUGAACGCUGAGAGCGAAACUUCGAAAGGAAGUCGCACCAAGGCGGAUAGAGCGUCUAAGGACAACAGUGUUGAAGGGGGCCCUCCCCGACAGCUUGAAAGACUUACUGACGAGGCACCGGAGGCUGCACUGGUUGUUGCUACAGAGGUAUCGGGUGUCGAGCAAAGUAUUGCGUUCCUGAUGGAUCAGGCGCAGGAAAUAGGCUGCCCGCUCAUUUUGGAGUCGUUCGGGGCCACAGGCGAUCAACAUGCAAGCCAAACGUCCGAUCCGCAAACUCAGAAGGCAACUUCCGACUGUGAAGAGACACAGAUUAUUUCCAAUCCAGGAUUCAAAGAGAGUAAGCUUGGAGGUAGAGGAAGAGUCGUGGGUGAAAAGUUGGCUUCCGCCAUUCAUGAUGGUUGCAUUUUCUCUCUGCCGGGAGAGGAGAGGCAGAAAGAUGCGACUAUACCUGGCGGAGUUAUUGGCUCACUAGACAAAGAAGACUCUGAAAGCCACCCAAUGGGCGCUUUCGCAUUACAGCACGAAGAUUCCGAAAAACGCGCGGUCAAGGUACAGCCCCAGGAGGCCUUAGUGUCUCGGACGGUCCGAACGACACAUCUCUCUUCAGAUGCCGAGGAAGCGGUAGCGGAGGAACAGACUAGCCAGGAAUACCUUGGGAGUAUGCAGCAGAUUUCAUCAACGAGGCUAACAAGAAGGAAAAGGAGGACUGGCGGAACCGAGAAAGACAAUGCAUCGCGGAAGAAGAGAGCACACAAAAAGCUCUCAGUGGUGACAAGCGGUGAAGCAGAAAGCCGGGCAAAUAAGAUUGAAUGUCAACCCCAAGGGAUUUGUGACGCAGGGAAAAGCGAACCUGGCCUGUAUGCUUUGAAUAAUGGAGAGCUCGAAAAUGCCAGACCGCAGAUUUCGACUGGGGGAAGGGAAAGGGUCACGGCUGGCUAUCACAGUCUCACGUCGAUCCGCCAGAGACAGAAACCCGAAGGGGGAGGUCUAUCAGAUCUAGGCAGCACAAAGAUGAUCUCUCGUGUUAAGGUCGUUCCGAGGGUGACCCCCAGAAAGACCAUAGUUGACAACAAUGGGAGUCCCCAGCUGGUCUCUCAACGCACUGCUGGAUCCCAAUGUCCUACCCACACAAACUUCGACUUUGCUCAAGGACCUGGAGAACUAAUGCGGGCGGGCAUGAGCUUAAUUUCACAAGGAUUUAGUGAAUCUGGAUACGAAGCGGAUUUUGAUGAGCAACCAGAAGAAAUUCCCCCUGAGACAGCUGAGGUCCCUUCAUUUCGUACAAAAAUGGAUGCUCAUCCCGCCAGAUAUGUUCCCAGAAACUGUGAAACAGCAACUAAUGAGGAAGUUUCUGAAAAUUCUCCCGUAACUGGUGGCAGAGAAGGGUUGAUCACGUCAAAACCCGUAACCGCAUCAGGAAAGGAGUUCACGAUGCGGUUUUCAUCGAAGCCUCCCAAAAAGUUACCAAGAAGGUUGAACAGGUCGAAUGCUGAAGGCGAUGGAGCGACGCAACUUUCAUCCAAGGAAGAAGGGUGCUUCAUUGAAUCCAGCGGUGAUCCGACUGAAACGAGUCCAUGCAGUGAGGAGUUGCCUGGUCAGGCUGACUUAGCGUCAUCAUUGCAGUCACUGCAUGAGAGCGCCCGCGAUAUGCUACUGAUUACAAAUGAGCACCUACUGCACGGACUCCACAAGGAAAGGACGGCUAUCAACAAAUUCCUGAACUCGUACCGCCAGCAAUACAACCGAGUGCUAGAACAACUUGUCAAGGGGCAAGAAGAGCGGAUCAAGCUAUGUAAACAACAUAUGAAAGCGAUCAAAAGCCAUCACUCAGAUCUUUGUCAGGAGUUGAUCCGUCAACUUCAGGAACAUGAGCAGCGCUUACUGAAGGAUCUCAGUGAGGAAGAUUGA